AUGGAAGAGCUCCCAAUAGAGCCGUCCGGAUUAUUCAUGCACAUCGACUUCAUCUCUGCCGAAUCAGAAACCCAGCUGCUUCGCAUCUUCUCAGGCCUGGAAUGGCCUCCGCUCCCCGGCAGACGGUCCCUCCACUACGGAUACACCUUCAGUUACAAGACAUUCGGCAUAGAUGAAGACGUUCCAUUCAAACCGUUUCCAGCCUGGCUUCAUCCCCUGCUGCCGCGGGGCGAGCGUCGCCCUCCCGACCAAGUUUGCCUUCAGCACUAUCCACCAGGCGCAGGCAUUCCACCUCACGUCGACACCCACAGCGCCUACGAUCAGCUGUACUCGCUGUCCCUCGGCUCGCCGGUUCUCAUGCAGUUCCGCGAUGCAGAGUCAGGCAAGAAAAUCGACGUGGAUCUGCCAGCCAGGAGUAUGGUACGAUUGAGCGGAGAUUCGAGGCUGCACUGGACCCAUGGCAUCCGAGCCAGAAAGACUGACACCAUGUCCGACGGUACGGUGCGGCCAAGGCGAGACCGUUGGAGCAUCACUUAUCGAUGGUUGCGGCGUGGCGCGAUCUGCGAUUGUGGUGAUGAAAAGCUGUGUGAUACCGCGCAGCGACGCAAGGGCAUCGAGAAGGAGUACAGAUGGAAAAACGGAGUCGGAGGUAAAGACCAAGGUCCUUCAUAG